AUGAAGUUCUCCAUUGCUGCUGUUGCCGGUCUCCUCAGUGCCGUUAGCGCUGCUUCUCUCCCACCUGCCUUCACCCUCGUUGCUGAGGGUGGCCUCACUGUCCUGACUGAUAGAGAAUACCUCUACUUCGGCGGCAACGGCACCGACGCCAACAAGGAAAUCGCCAUCUUCCAUGCCACUCCCGACACCGGCGCCGUCUCCUUCACUGCCAAGGACUCGACCCCUACCGGCUGGCAGAACAUGUACAUCAUCGAGAAGGACACGGCUCCCGUCGGUUUCACCCGUCCUCACUCCGGUGCCAUCCCCGAGGGCGCCACCACCAUCGGCUUCGACGUUGACGACAAGGGUCUCUUCGCCCACGGCGGUAACGCUUACUUCGCCGUCGAGGGCUACGGCGACAACCCCGUAAAGACCGUCUACUGGUACGGUCGCCACAGCUCUACCUACCGCGCGGCCAACCUCUACGUUAAGGAGUGCAAGGGCUGCUAA